UCUUCAUUUUCAUUUUCCUAUUCUUCUUAUGGAUCUCGCAACACAAUCAUUAUUAUCAUUCUUGUUAACACUUCAUCUAUCAGUAUCAGGGGUAAUUUCAACCACAUUCACUCUGGUUAACAAAUGUGACUACACAGUAUGGCCAGGAAUUCUUUCAAAUGCGGGUGUCGCUCCUCUUUCAACCACCGGCUUCGUUCUUGAAACCGGCGAAUCUAGCACCAUCACCGCACCAACCUCUUGGGGUGGCCGCUUUUGGGGUCGAACCCUUUGCUCCCAAGACUCCACCGGAAAGUUCUCUUGCAUCACCGGCGAUUGUGGCUCCGGAAAGCUUGAAUGCGCCGGAAACGGAGCUACGCCGCCAGCCACCUUAGCCGAGUUCACCUUAGAUGGCGCGGGAGGCCUCGAUUUCUUCGAUGUCAGCUUGGUAGAUGGCUACAACGUGCCCAUGCUUGUGGUCCCGCAGGGUGGCUCUGGCAACAACUGCUCCGCCACAGGGUGCGUCGGGGAUCUGAACGGCGCGUGUCCCUCCGAGCUUAAGGUGAUGAGUGCUGAUGGAAAAGAGGGCGUGGCGUGCAAGAGCGCGUGCGAGGCCUUCAAUUCGCCACAGUAUUGCUGCAGUGGUGCCUAUGGCACACCUGACACUUGCAAGCCUUCUUCUUACUCACAGAUAUUCAAGAACGCUUGCCCACGCGCCUAUAGCUACGCGUACGACGAUAAGACCAGUACCUUUACAUGUGCAUCUGCGGAUUAUACUAUCACCUUUUGCCCUUCCCCUACCACCAGUCAGAAGGCUUCACAGGGGCAAGAUGGUUCUUCUUCUUCUGCCUCGCCAAUGCUUAACAACGCCACAAUGGUGUAUGAAGGUGGUUUUGAUCAAAGUGAAAUAUCAGGGGCCACGUGUACCCAUGUGUUCCAAUCCCGAGCUAUUGCCGGCAUUUUAGGUUUCACGAUGGCUAUUUGGUGGUUGUGCCAACUCUUCUAACUACUGCUUCCUUCAGCAUUUUUCAUAGGGUUAAUAAGCCCGUGAGCUUCCAAUUAUAAGUCAUUGGCCCAAUUGGAUGGUGCGACCCUAUAUUAAACUUGACUCAUUCCUUUGCUCACCAAGAACCAUGUGACUUAUGUAUGGCCCACGGGUUUGGCCAUGCUGACGGGGCUGUGACUCGUAUGAGGGGAAAGCUCACCGGUCGUUUCCACUUUGAGGCCCAAAGACCCUACCAAUCUUUACCUUAUUUUAUGGCGGCAGGAUUUCAAUACUACAAAUAUAUUACAUAUACAUAUAUAAUAUAGGACGUAGUGAGGGAUAAUUGAGUUUUCUUUUAUUCCAAUUAUUAUUUUAUUUUUCUAGGUUAGAUACGUAGAAUAGAAUAUCAAUAGGUAUAUACUAUUAUUAAAUUCUUUGUACGUGGGAGGAGAUUUUUUAUGAAUAAUGUUAUUUUUACUCAAUUUUUAUAAUUAUAUGAUUCUUCUAAAUUUGCAGUU